UUUUACGUACCAUAAUGUUGAAAAUAAAAGUAUUUGUGUCGCACUCGUAGUGGAGUGACCAAGCGAGUUUGCAGAACUUCCUCGUUGUCUCUGGGUUGAGCGUAUAAGCUAACGUUAGCAUUGUGGUGAUGCUAGUGUUAACGUUACUGGUUUACUGCUAAUGUACAUUAUGAUGAUUUGUCUGCAAGCUUGGCUAAUGGCUAUAGAUUUGAGUAAAUGAAUGAAGUAUUGUUUAACUUUAGAUAUGUAAACAACAAUUGUGCUAUCGCUUGUAACCUUAACAACUUAGCAAGAUUUACGCUGGGUAACGUUAUGGAGGUUAACUGUUAGCAUAGUCUAGUUAGCUAGUCGAGUCAACCCACUGUCUUAAGUUACUGGUUUGCUGGUUAGCCGACAGUGUUGUGAGGAAUGUAACGUGAGUUACAUUUAGUUAGUUCGUUUUUAGUCAAAAGGCAAACUCUAAAGAUGAGGUAGUGGAUUAUUUGUGGUAUUGACCUUGAAUAUUACAUUUUGGGUUACUAAGGACAGGUAUUCAGCGUCCGUAGCAGCUAGGCUUCUUUUUAACGUUCAUAACGUUAACGAUAGCGCUAACGUUAGCUGUGUCGUGGUUGCCCUCAUGCAAUUAAUCGCUAGCUAGUUAGCGAGCAUUGAAUGGCACAUACUGUACACAAUUGUACCGUACUCUUAUAUGAAUAUUUAAUUUACCAGUGUACGAGUCACGAGGGUGAACUUUGUACGAAUAACCAUAUGUGUUUGGUCAACACAGUAAAGGGCUUAUGGCAGUAAUGUUAGCAUUGAAACGCAUGGUUGUUAGCCAACAGCGCACACAAAAUGGCCGAUACUUGUGGCCUUGUUUUCUCUGCAGGUUCUGUGCAAAUCAUGAUGGGUCCUAGCCAAAUUAUUGAAUGGUAUAGAUUACACAGAUAACUAUAGCGUAUUAGCUGGUCGUUUACUUGGCAAGUUGACAUUGGCUUGAUUGUGACUUAGAAUUAACAAGGCCGUUAGUUAAUAUUGUAAUGUACCGCUACUACUGCAUGCCUUGAUGUAACGUUAAGCUAUAAGAGAGCGGCUCCAGGUAGGCCUAUUUCACGAGAUGUUUCAGGGUGGUAUUCUAUCUUCCUGAAGUGCUUUUAAUGUGUGUUCUUGUAGUGUUCCAGUUAUGCAGUCUAACACUUCACCGUGUUUGUUUUGUGAAGAAGGCUAUCGAAUCUUUGAGUUAUUCAUUCGAUUGAGGCGCGUCAUAUUACAUCAUUUCGCAUGGCGUCACUCGGCCAUAUUCAACACCUGUCCAAAAACAUUUUUUCUGUCCUUCACGUCGAUUUUAAUGUAACGUGCUGCAUGGCAUCGCCAAGUAGUGAACGUCGUCAAUUUGAGUCAGCCCUCAUUUACUGGGUCUGCUCACGCAUUUCAUCAAAUUGGAUGUCAAACAAAAAUCUGACCGUGAAAAAAUGUGUGUUUUUUUUGCGUGAAUUUGACGAAAGGGGAUACAAUCUAAUUAAUGGUGCAAACAGUAAAUCUGCACUAGUGAUUGAAGUUGAAUUGAGUUGAGGCGAAAUUUGAAAGUAUGCAUUGCCGUGUCUAUAAACUGAUCCGAUCACAAAUCCAUAGUUUAUUCUUAUGGGUAAGUAGGCCUAAGAGAACGUUAUUUUUUAGCCUAUACAUGGGUCACUGAUGUGAAUAUGCAGGCCUAAUUUUGGGUCCUCCCUUCAACAAUUUGUGGAAUAUUGGCGAUUGAAUCGGAUUUCAUAUCAACCCAACUUGGUAUUUGUGAGACUGAUGGACCAAUUUAUCUGGAGCAAGUCUUUUUGGUCCUUCUCAGGAACUUGGCCAGUAGGUAAACUGGCUAACUCUCUAGGUAAUGGCUUUAUAAAUGGUAACAGUGGAUAAGACCAUUAUAAAGCAUGUUUUGACAUGUGUAGGUCAUGGAUGAGAAUCAAGGAAGGACCCAUGAUAUCACAAUAAUUUAACUGCAGUGCAGUUAUGAAGAUUUUAUUUGCACCCCACAGGCUGUUCAAGAAUCAAUUAUUGUUUGUUUUUGUAAUAGUUUAGUGCACUCUUAGGACAAUUACCAAUAACUUUAUAUUUGGUGCCUGAUAUCGCAGUACUGUGUGUAAUUUUUUUGGACUUAGAUUCCUCGGAUCCAAAUAAAACAAAAGGUCAACCCUCAGGAUGCCUACUUUUAUUUUGUGAAUGCUUGUUCAUUCAGCUGCUCAUCAUACAUCUCCCUGUUGUGCCAAAUACUUUAUUUUUGUUGUGUUUGUUUGAGAUGGUUUAUCCAUGCGGAUCUCUUUUCUUCUUCCUCCCUGUUGAUCCACCAGUGAUUUCAGGACCUGCGAGGAAACUUAACCCACUAAACGCACAUUAGCACAUAGGGGAAACCCAGUUAGAGUUCAUCAGAGAGAGAACAGGUUCUCACCCCUGAUACCAAUAGUGAUGUCUCGCAGAAGAAGCCGUAGUGCUAGCCCAGUGCGGCACACAACCAACAGCAAUGACCCUCGUGACCUGGAACGGAGGAUUUUUGUGGGAAAUUUGCCAACAACUCUGAUGGACACGAAGGAUUUGGAAGAAGUGUUCAGACCUUAUGGGAAGAUCAAUGCCUUGUCCAUGUUCCGUGGAUAUGGAUUUGUGCAGUUUGAACGAGUGGAAGAGGCCGAGGCAGCGAAGGCGGGACAAAACGGUCGAUUUUAUAAGGGGUAUAAACUAGAUAUAAAUAUGGCAGCGGAGCGGCGACACAAAGCUCAAACCCGGCCGAGCCCUCCUCGAAGGCAUCCGUACAGUGGGUAUGGGGAUGGUAGAGAUGGCCGCCCUCGGUCACGCUCCCCUAUGCACAGCCGGGACUCACGGGAUCACCGGGAUGGCCGUGACCUUAGGGAUCCUCCUCCCCGGGAGCCCCCUCGUGAGUCCUCUAGAGAGCCACGCCCUGGACCUCCCCGAGACCAUGGACCCCCGCGCGAUCAUGACUCCCGAGAUCCUGCCUAUGAACGCUACCGGGGCUCUGAGGGACGAGAAAAGGACCCUGCUUUCAGGGAGGAGGGUUAUGAUCGCUACUACCGCGGAGUGGAUGAGUACUACCGCAAGAAGGAGCCAUUCGGGAGAGAGCCUUACAGAGGAGAGGCAUGGAACGGCAGCCGCAGAGAGCCGGAAGAGGAUCGCAUACCAGAAGGUGAGCGCAGAAGGAAUGAGCUCUACAGGCAGUACUACGAGGAGCUGCAGCGGCGUUAUGACACGGAGCGCCCUGUCGACUGCUCGGUCAUCGUGGUUAACAAGCUACAGAAAGAGUAUGCUGAAACAGUAGGCAGGAAGGUGAGAGACCUGGGCAUGGUGGUGGACCUGAUCUUCCUGAACACGGAGGUGUCGCUGUCGCAGGCGCUGGAGGAUGUGGGGCGCGCACACACCCCCUUCGCCAUCAUAAUUACCCAGCAGCAUCAGGUGCAUCGCUCAUGCACUGUCAACAUCCUGUUUGGCACACCACAAGAGCACCGCAACAUGCCCAUGCAGGAUGCCAUGGUGCUGGUGGAGCAGAACUACGUUGUCUACAAGGCGGAGCACCGCGACAAGGAGCGCGAAGAGAUCGCCCGCAAGGCCGCCAAGAUGGCCGAUGACGUGCUCCUUAGGGAGCUUGACCAGGAGGCUCACCCAGUCUCUCUGCUGUCCACAGUCACACUGCUCUCAGAGAACAGGUUCCUAACCCCAGAGGAGCUUGACCGCCUCAUUGAGUACCUUAGGGACAAACGGGAGCGUCUUGUCAGGGGCAGCGCUGAUCCCCAUGCUGGUUCCCACGCUGUGCACACUGCCCCCGCGAUGACCCACGAGGCCAUGCCCCCUGCCCAGCCCAUGGCCAUGCCUGCCGUCUCUCACCAGCCCCCUACCCACCAGCCCUCGCCCGCCCCCUCUGCCAACCACCAGCAGGAGCUGCAGGCCAAGAUCCUCAGCCUGUUCAACAGCGGGGCCGGGAGCUCGGCAGCGUCCCCUACUGUCGGUGCGGCUGGGCCUUCCCAGCCCCAGGGCUACGGCUCCUCCAUGGGCACCCAGCAGGCCAGCAUGCCACCGUCCCACGCCAGCGCGGGCAUGGCCAAGAUGAGCCCCACGCCGUCGUCAGUCAUGGGCAUGCGGCCUCAGCCGCGCCCGCAGGGCAACCCGCCCCCCGCUGGCUACGGUCCCCCCACCGGCCGCAUGAUGGCCCCCCAGGGUGCCCCGAGGCCCCCUGGCCUCUCCACGGGGACGGGCAUCAACUUUGACAACCCCAGUGUGCAGAAGGCCCUGGACACCCUCAUCCAGAGCGGCCCGUCCAUCAACCAUCUGGUAAACUCAGGCAGCGCACCACCGGCUGCCCCUCGGCCUGGCAUGGGUCAGGGCAUGAGCCCUGGCAUGACUCAGGGAAUGGGACAGGGGAUGCCCAUGUCCCACUACCCCCGCCAUUACUGAACGGAACCCCAGACUGGGGCAACAGAUAAGGACUGGACUGUAGCCAGUUGAAGGUGAUUUUUGGUUUUUGUUUGUUGCUAUUUAUCCUGUCUGAAAUGGUUAGACGCCUUGGCUUGUGAUCGACUCUGGUACUGGUCUGAGCCUGAUGUGUUCUUCAUUUGUUUGAGAUGACUCGGUGAUCGGUUUUCUCACCCCCCCUCCCCCAAGCUGUUUGUAAAUGCAUUUUUUUUAAAGAAAUAUUCCUUUUCCAAGCCUGCAUUGAUGUGUACUUUUUUUUUAAUAAAUAAUGGGGGGGGAGGGAAGAAAAUUCAGUUUACUAGUGACUUCCCCGUUUUUGUCAGCAAUUUUCAUAGGAGUUUGACUUCUGGCAACUAGAUGAUUGCAUGUACAGAAUUAAUUUACUGUGAGCCCUGAAUAUAGGCAAUUCUGACAAGUAAUGUUGCUUUUAUACAUUUUUGUGACUUUGUAAAUAUUUGAAGAUCUCCAGUGUCACUAAAAUAAAAAGUGUGAAGGAUA